CGCACAUUUCCGUGACGUAUUUAAGUGCGCUUGGGUGGAAGGACAACAAAGUAGCGGCGUGCAGAAAACCCUUACCGGAGAUGAGACAUAGCUGUAGCCGGGCGCCGCUUCUGCUGUAAGGAUUUGCGUCGUCAUGUGUGGGCGCACUGCGUGCUCACUGGCAGCUGAUCAGCUUAAGCGCGCCUGUUCUUAUCGAGACAGGCAAGGAAGGAGACGAGAGCCUGAAUGGAGAGAUGGGGACCAAGAUAAGUAUAGACCCUCGUUCAACAGAAGCCCACAUUCCAACAGUCCAGUGCUGGUUUCCAGACGACAUUUUGACAAAGAGGCAGAGAGUGGAGAGCCUAUGCUGGCAGCCAUGCGGUGGGGCCUUAUUCCUUCCUGGUUUCGGGAAAACGACCCCUCGAAAAUGCAGUACCAUACCAGCAACUGUCGUAGUGAUGGGAUGAUGCAGAAGAAGUCGUAUAAGGAACCGCUUCUGAAAGGCCAGCGCUGUGUAGUGUUGGCUGAUGGAUUCUUCGAGUGGCAGAAGCAACCAGGGGAGAAGCAGCCCUAUUUCAUCCACUUUCCACAGACCUGUGAAAAAGAAGAGGUUGAUGGCGAAGAGUGGAAGGGCCGGCGCCUGCUCACAAUGGCUGGGCUGUUUGACUGCUGGAGACCUCCUAGCGGGGGAGAGGAACUCUAUACGCACACCGUCAUCACUGUGAGUGCUUCCAAAGCCAUGAGCUGGGUACACGAGAGGAUGCCUGCUAUUCUGGAUGGAGAGGACGCUGUGCGCAAAUGGCUGGAUUAUGGUGAAAUAUCCGUCAUGGAGGCCAUCAAACUGAUCCACCCAACAGAAUGUAUUGCUCUUUACCCAGUCUCCACCCUGGUGAAUAACUCCAGGAAUGACAACAUCGAGUGCAUCAGACCCAUAGAACUGGAAAUGAAAAAGGAACCCAAACCCAAUGCCAGCAGCAUGCUGAUGAAGAACUGGCUGCAGAGCUCUUCACCCAAGAAGGAAGUGGCGGACACAGGAAGAUCAACGCCAGUCAAGGUGGAGACUCCAAAGAAGAGAGUGGGAUUAAUGCAAAUGUGGCUCCAGAAGACAGAGGAGCCUGUGGCCAAGAAGCUCCACACAGCCUGAGGCCGCUGGGAUGCAGUUUGCACAUUGCACGUUGGAAGUUAGAAGUUAAUCGCUGAUUUGUUUAAUUGCGGCAAGUUUAUUUGUUCUCCACUUUGAUCUUUAUGACGUUGUACAUUCCCAGAAGGGAAAAUGCAAUUGAACUGAAGCGAGUAAAUAGCCAGCAGUUCUUUCACCAUCUGAUGAAAAGAAUGUGGCUAACUUGUUUUAAUAGACUACUGCGUUAACAAGAUUAGCUGUUUCUGUGAUUUAGUUUAUUAAAAAUUGAAACUUUUUUGCUUUAAGCACUGAAUUCAUUUCAUUCUUUAUUGGUGCAAGUGUUGAUGUAACGAUUCUCGAACAUGUACUGUUGCUUUGCAAUAAUUAAAUCAAAGUCUCCCUGUACUUUAUUUAUUGUGUG